UAUGUUUAGCUUGAUGCCGCUCGUGAUGGAUCUUCAGUUUGGAUGAAAACUUCAGUUCCCAGAGAAUUUCAAUGGGAAGGUGAACGCUAACCAUGAAGCUCCUGUGAAAAGUGCCCAAAGUGUUUGGAGUAAAGCCGCCGGAGACUGCAGGAUCCAUUCUUUUACCUUUCUUGGUCAGAAACUAUUCAUUGAGCUCAAGAUGAUGUCCGACGCCAGCGACAUGCUGGCAGCCGCCUUGGAGCAAAUGGAUGGUAUCAUAGCAGGCUCCAAGGCCAUGGACUACACCAACGGUCUGUUUGACUGCCAGUCGCCCAAUUCACCUUUCUUGGGUGGCCUCCGAGUGCUGCACCUGCUGGAGGACCUGCGGGGAGUGCUGGAGCUCAUGGACAACGAGGAAAAGGACAACCUGCGAUGUCAGAUUCCUGAUUCCACUGCAGAGGGGCUGGCAGAGUGGCUGCAGGGACGAUUGAUUAACGGCCACGGCUCAGAAGCACUGUACCAAGAACGUCUGUCGCGACUAGAGAGUGACAAAGAGUGUCUUAUUCUUCAGGUAAGUGUUUUAACAGAUCAGGUGGAGGUGCAAGGUGAGAAGAUACGGGAUCUAGACACCUGCCUGGAUCAUCAUCGGGAGAAACUAAAUGCUACUGAAGACCUGCUGCAACAUGAGCUGUUGAAACGGUCAACACUGGAGACCCAGAAGCUGGAGCUGAUGAGCGAGGUGUCCAGUCUGAAGCUGAAGCUGACUGCUGUGGAGAGAGAUCACAGGGACAAUGAGGGCUUGCACCAGGAAGUAACGGACCUGCGGUUCAGGGUGACUGACAUAGAGAAUGAAAGACUGCAGUGUGAGAAGAAACUCAAAGCUACCAAAGAGGAGCUGCAGCUUCUGCAGACGCAGCUGGAGGAGCGAGAGGUGGCUCUGAGGAGGCUGAAGGACGAGAGCAGACUGAGGGUGGAGAGCCACGACGGAGGAGAGAGAGAUACAGAAGUGUUGAAGAUGAAGAGGGUGUUGGAGUCGCUGGCGUCGGCCAACGAUGUGAAGGAACGAAGGAUAAAGGAGCUGGAGGAGUCUCUCACUAAGUGCAAGAAAGUGCAGGAGCUGGUCAGAGAGAAGUUGAGGGAAGACGACUACGACGAUAUCACAGAUGAUCCCUCGGUUUCAGUUUCCAUGGAGGCGGAUCAGGUCGUCCUGGCGUUGGAAGGAGAGGCAGGAAGAAGCUCCGGCGAGUUUGUCCCAUGCAUAGCUGUGCUCUCUGAAAUGAAUGAUCUGGACAGAGAACGACAGUUACAAGCAGCCCACAGUUCCUUAGACGUCCCACAGCCGGGCAGCUCAGCCGCCAUCACUGACCAGGCCAAAAACAUAGCUGUACCUGGCGCCUCAGCUCCUUCCAGAGCAGACCCCACAUGUGAUGAGAGUUUUGGUAACAAGAAAGCUCGCUCGUCUUUCGGCCGUGGCUUCUUCAAGCUGCGCGGAGGCAAGCAGACAACCAGCUCUCCAAACCUGGCUGAGGCAGAACGUAAAGGCACAGAGCAUCUGGACUUGGCCGGCGUUCCUCCGCGGAAAUCUCACGAUGCGGCUCCUCUGCCGUCGUCACCUGAAACCAAAAAGAAGUCCAAAGGCUUCAUGAAAUUCUUCGGCAGACUAAAGAGGAGUCACUCCACCUCCUUCAACCUCGAUGAUUCAGCAGACAUGGAGUUCAGGAGGGGAGGAGUCAGAGCCACAGCCGGCCCGCGACUCGGCUGGUCACGCGAGUCGAAACACAAUGCUGUUGAUGUUCCUUUCUCGCGGUGGAAUAAAGAGGAGGUUUGUGCGUGGCUGCACGAGCAGGGCCUCGGCUUAUAUGUUGCCCAGGGUCAGACCUGGAUCAAAUCGGGACAGACUUUACUGCGGGCUUCACAACACGAUCUGGAGAAGGAGCUGUGCAUCAAGCAGCCUCUCCACAGGAAGAAGCUGCAGCUGGCUCUGCAGGCUCUCGGGUCAGAGGAAGACUAUCUCAAGUGCAGGCUGGACCACAACUGGGUGACGAGGUGGCUGGAUGACAUCGGCCUCCCGCAGUACAAAAGUCACUUUGACGAGGCUCGUGUUGAUGGAUGCAUGCUGCACUACAUGACAGUGGAGGACUUGCUGUCUCUGAAGGUGGGCAGUGUUCUCCAUCACCUCAGCAUCAAGAGGGCCAUUCAGGUCCUCCGUCUCAACUGCUACGAGCCCAACUGUCUCAGGCGACGGCCCUCUGAUGAGAACAACAUGACACCAGCAGAGAUCUCCCAGUGGACCAACCACAGAGUGAUGGAGUGGCUGCGCUCUGCGGACCUGGCAGAAUACGCACCAAACCUGAGGGGCAGCGGUGUUCAUGGAGGACUGAUGGUGUUGGAGCCGCGCUUCAACGUGGAGGCGCUCGCCCUUCUGCUCAACAUUCCCUCCAACAAAACCCUGCUGAGACGCCACCUGGCAACGCAUUUCCACCUGCUCAUCGGCUCCGAGGCGCAGCGGCUGAAACAGGACUGUCUGGAAAACCCAGACUACAGCGUCCUCACCGCCACCGCCAAGGUCAAGCCUCGACGCCUGUCAUUCGGAAGUUUUGGCACUUUGAGGAAGAAGCGUCAAGACGAUGGCGAGGAGUUAGUCUGCCCCCUGAAUGUGGAAAUGCCCAAGAGCAGCAGCUUCCAGCAGGGCGUCCAGCUCUACGAGGAACACCUCCUGGAACAGAUGGAAGACUCUGAAGGGACCGUGAGACAGAUCGGAGCUUUUUCUGACGAGAUGAACAAUCUAACGGUGAGACACUGACCUGCUGCUGCAUCACUACACGAGCAUGCUGAAGGAAGAUGAGUUUUUUCAUGAGAUCUCCGACGACGCGGCAGAAACUGAUCACGUCGCUGGAGUUUGAGAAGCUUGUGUGACGACCACCUCCCUUUGUAGAACAUGUGAGACCUCCACAGUAUUCAGAAGUACAGCCAUAGCUUUCAUGACCAUUUAUAUAUAUUUAUUGAACCUGUCAUAAUGCAUGAACUGAAAAUGCACCUCUUAUUAUUCAAGCAUGUGUGUUUUCAGUAAUCAGGGAGGUAAAGUUGCUUUAUGUUAUCUUUAAGAUCAGUUCAUCGGCAUUACAGCAAAACAUUUCAUUUACUUCUAGUCGAUGCCGCACGCUGUAGAUUUGUCUCCACUCCAAGAAUGUGAAGGUGACUGGGAGUUGUGGUGCUGAUAAAGUGUCCUUCUUACUGUUGAGAUUUUUAAAUGCUGCGAGCGCCACACAUGUAAUUUAUUCACCUGCAUAUUAGAGGAUGAUAUCUCAAAACUAUCUGCAUGGACACUAGAGGAAGUAAAACAGAACAGGCUUUCUUUCCAAGAAUGUAGCUACAUUUCAGGUGAUUAGAGUUUAGCUUAUCAUAAACUGUCUCUAAAGCUCAACAUGCAUCUCUUUAAUCCAUAUGCUAUUUAUAGUAUGUAACUCCCUAAAGCCACGUGUUAGUGAGCUUUAGACGUGCUGAAGCUUUCUUCCUCUGUCUUAUUGCUAAGCUAAUAAACUCCUGGUUUAGCUCUAUACUUAAGUGCUAUUGAUCCUCUUUUCUAAGAAACAUGAUUGAAAGUAAAGUCAGUUUUUAAAUUUUUGGUAAUAAUAAAAAGGGGAAAAAUGC